CUUCAUCGCAAGUGACUCGGCAAUGGACUGCGCGUCGACUCGAAGAAUCCAGGGAUGGCGAUGUCGUCUUGAAUCUUUGUUGGACUUCCGCAGGCAAGCGGAAAACACGUGGCGGGGGCAUAUCCACCUGCACCCUUGUAUACCGCCGACAAUCUUUGCUGGCAACAAGCACUGUACAAUUGCUGUGCAAGGGAGCGACUGGGGCAACCAUGGGCUUCAACAUAUUCUUGAAUGCCUUCCACAGAAUGGAGGGGACGCCUUUGGCCUCGGUCUAAUGGGACGCGGACGUGGUCAAAUGCUCCAUGAAGGAACGAGCCACCACCAGCUCGCAAUCUCUCUGAAUGCCCCGAGGGCCCCCGCUCCGCUCCGGUAUUUCGGGGGAGGUCAGGACGAGCCUCGGAAGACAAGACCUCCUUCGCACUCAGGUCAGGGUGCUAGAUACGAGCCACCCCGGGCAUCCGUCCCAUUGGUCGAACAACUUGGACUAAGCUGACUCUGAUGGCGUCAAAAUAGACCAAUAGAAUCAUUGGCAGGUCAACAGCAUCCAUGAUCAAUUGAACCACGUCAAUACCUAUCCACGUUUUGUGUGUGUUGUCAGCGGGCCACUCCUAUCUACCUACUAACCCGCCGAUUCCUGCAUGGGGACCCUGAUGAUAUUUCCACGUUGAAGGUGGAGGUUGCAUACUGGCACUGUUCUACUGACUUUUGCCUCACAGCUUAUAUCUCCCAGAUCAAGCCUGUGUGGUUGCAAUAUAGGACUGUUCAUGCAAGCGUGGCGGCGAC